ACUUUUUGGCCAACCCAAUAGAUAUAUAUUUUGCAAUGUGUUAAGAGAAAAGAGGAAUUGCGUGUUACGUAUUGACGUAUCUUCUUAUUUUUCAGAUAAUUUUAUAUUGCAUUCAGGCUUCUCUAUUAACUUUGCGAUUACGCGUUAGUAACUGAGCUUAGCACAUUCAUCGCUACGAUCGUCAUCGGUAACUGACAUACAAUAAAUGCAACAACAUUAAGACAAAAAAUAAUAUUGUAACACUUAAUUGUGUAUAACAAUUAUAUAUUUGCAAGAAUAUGACUGUUUAAUAAAAAUAGAAAAGCGCAAUGGAUAAAGUGCGUUUGUAAGCAACUUAAUAUCUCUAUUAAAAUUACAGUAAAUCUUUACAGUCCAGCUUUAUAGCGUGAAUGGAAAUUCAACUUAUUUACGCGACGGCGGUGAAUGUGUUAAAAGAGAUUAAAAUUCAUGCAUGCGUUGGGUAGUUUGGAAUUCUUAAUGAUACGCACUAGCACCGCUUGUAGAAGAUUGAGAGAUCGAUGUCCACGAGCAACGAGUCCUGUGGAACGUUCUACUAGUGUGGAUGCACGGAACCGAUUUCUUGGAAUUUCUUGGAACAGGUUUCAUCUACAAAAUAAUUCAGAGCAAGCAGGAUAAAAUGGAUGAAUCGAAGAGCGUGCACGAACGAGGCUUAUAUUCCUACUUCCAUAGAACAUGUGGCAAAUAUUGCGACUCAUGGAAUAUGGAUUAUACCAUCCGUGAUCUGUAGUGUCAGGCUUUUUCGAUAUUCAAGUACGUCGGAUCAGUACAUCUCCAGUUACGUAUACGGCACCUCCUUGAUCCUCCUUUUUGGAGUGUCCACUAUUUUCCACAGUGUGCAGUACUGCAAUUACCAUAGAUCCCUGAAAGAUGCGUUGCAUCGUUGCGAUCGUGCCAUGAUAUACAUUUUCAUAGCAGCCAGUUACUUCCCAUGGUUGAACAUACACAAUAACGAGCUUCUACACGCGAUGCGAUAUGUCAUCUGGAUCAUGGCUAUAAUGGGCAUUCUCUAUCAGCAACUCUUCCAUGAGAGAUAUAAGAUGCUUGAAACGAUUUUCUAUGUAGUUAUGGGUAUCGGGCCCAGUGUCAUGAUCCUUAAAGUGUAUAACUAUUACGAUAUUAUGGAAUUGAAACUGGGCGGAUUGAUAUACGUCUUCGGCUUAGUUUUCUUCAAGUCGGACGGUCGAAUACCUUUCGCGCACGCAAUCUGGCAUCUUUUUGUAGCCGUAGCGGCCGGAUUUCACUAUUACGCGAUACUGAAAUAUGUGUAUAAUAUCUCUGUCGACGGGAACGUUCCUCCUGACGAGACGAUCCGCCUGAUACACGAUGCUCUUAGAUGAAUAAGCUACUGAAGCCUCGUUGUUGUAGGAGUUGUACCGUUUUCUACAAUAUUUCUUCCAGACGUUAAAGAUUCUAAAAGUUGUAAGGGUGCGAACCCUGUAUAUUCUGAUAGAAGGGUACCUUUCACUUCUAUCCAUUUAGACAGAAAUUUUUGAUAAGAACAAAAUGAUUACUUAAUCAUGACUUUUGUGUGUUAUGCUAGGCAGCCAGUUUUUCAUAACUACUCCAAGUGUCAGUCUCAUGAGUUUGCAAUUCAGCGGAAAAGGACUCGUGCAAUAUAUAUAAGUAGAUAUUAAAUUAAGUACCUGACAACCACAUGGAUCUCGAUUCAUGUGCUAUAUUACGGGCGUGUUAUUAGAACAAAAAGGAAACUAGAUGUUACUAGAACAAAGUAUCUUUCCAUUGUUGCUGAUCGCAUCACAAGUUCGGAUAUGUCUACAUCUAAUGAAUACCGUAUUUUUCCUAUGAUUUUAGUACGCUAGUCUCGAAAUCAUUACGUAAAACCAAAUGCCAAAUUACUGUAAGAAAGAGGAUUUACCAAGCCUGUAUAUCAUUCAAAAUGCAGGUAUUAGUUUUGGGAUUAUUUCAUUUUACACUUUGUAUAUGUUUGAUAAAUCUUUAUAUUAGAAUCUACAAAGUGUAGACACUACAUAUAUUAGCUUAGAGGCGAAUGAAAACCAAGUCGACUGAAUACUCGAUCUUUACGUUUCUCACCGAAAGUGUCAAGUAUUUUUACUUUUGUAGGUGUAUCGUGCCAAAAUUACAAACUCGCGUUCGUAUCUAUCUAACAUAGAGUUUCCAACACGCGUAACAUAUAGAAUGGAUGACGAAACGUGCUAUAUAUACGGAAUAGAAUUCUGACAUAAGAAAAACAAUGUUUCAGUUACAAAGCUACCGCGAGCGUCUCACAAGACAUAGCAUGUUAAGAAUGGCCUUAUUUAUUCGAUGACACGAGCGAUUACAUGACAUGACGUUUGAUCUCUUGUUAUUUAUUUGUAUAUUGCGAUUGUACAUUAGAAAAUUUCAUGAUUAAUCUACAACCAAUAUUUAAUUCAUUUUAUAUCAUAAACAAUUGGUGAUAUAUUGGUGAUUACUUUAUACAUAAUAUUUGCAUAUACAUAUAUAUAACUAAACAAUCAUAUUGUAUUACAUCUAUUUAUCCAUCUACUCAUUUAUCAAUCAUGUAUAUUAAAAUUAAAUAUAUAUUUAUUAUAUGUAUAUAUACACACGUAGCGUAUAUAACGUAUCGAUCUAUAUCGUAAAGUAAAGCAUUGGAAGUGUUUAGCAAUGUAAUGAAGUUAAUUUGCGAUAUGCAUGUGUAUCGUGCUAUCGCAGGAAACAAAGUACAAACUGAUUAUCAAUAUGAAUUUUAUUCUCUGUAUAUUUUUCGUCCUUGUGAUUUGCAGUGGACCAAAGUAUUGUGGAGUAAUAUAUAGCAUCGCUGUCAUUGGUAUACUCCCUGAUAUGAGUGUAAUUCUCAAUAAUGAGAAAUAAAGAGCUAUACAUUAGCG